UCGACGGACGCCAUGAAGGCUCUGUUCUUCCUGGGGUCUCUGCUGAUGAGUCUGGAUUUGACACUUUCGGCUCCACCGUGGAAAGGCUCCAAGGAGUUCAAGGACGGAGCUGAUGGGCCCACUGUGGUUCUCACUGUGGACGGGAAGCUCUGCCACUUUCCCUUUCAGUACCAACGUCGCCUGCACCACAAAUGCAUCCACAGAGGACGGCCAGGCUCCCAGCCCUGGUGUGCUACCACACCCAACUUUGAUGAGGAUCAGCAAUGGGGAUAUUGCUUGGAGCCCAAGAAAGUAAAAGACCAUUGCAGCAAACACAGCCCCUGCCACAAAGGAGGGACAUGUGUCAACACCCCCAAUGGCCCGCACUGUCUCUGCCCUAAACACCUCACUGGGAACCAUUGCCAGAAAGAGAAAUGCUUUGAGCCUCAGCUUCUCAAAUUCUUCCAUGAGAAUGAGAUAUGGUUUAGAACCGGGCCAGGAGGCGUGGCCAGGUGCCAGUGCAAAGGUCCUGAUGCUCAUUGUAAGCCGCUGGCCAGUCAGGCUUGCAGCACCAAUCCGUGCCUUAAUGGGGGCAGCUGCCUCCUCGUGGAGGACCACCAAUUGUGCCAUUGCCCUGCAGGCUACACUGGACCUUUUUGUGACUUAGACCUUAGGGCGACCUGCUAUGAAGGCAGGGGUCUCGGCUAUCGGGGCCAGGCUGAAACUACUCUGUCGGGUGCGCCAUGUCAGCCGUGGGUCUCAGAGGCCACCUACCCGCACAUGACUGAGAAGCAAGCCCUAACCUGGGGCCUGGGCCACCACGCAUUCUGCCGGAACCCAGAUAAUGACACACGUCCAUGGUGCUUCGUCUGGAGUGGCGACAGGCUGAGCUGGGACUAUUGCGAUCUGAAACAGUGCCAGACGCUAACGCACACACCUCUAGCUCUCCCUGAGAGUCAAGACGUGCCGGAGUCCUGGCCUCCCAUAUUACAGAUGCCUCAGUCCCCGUCCCAGGCACCAUCUCUGUCCCAAGAGCUAGAUGUCUCGGUCGAGCCUCAGACUUCUCCAUCCAGGACCAGCACAGUGGGCUGCGGACAGAGGUUCCGCAAGCGACUGUCCUCGCUCAGGCGUGUGGUGGGCGGACUAGUGGCUCUGCCUGGGUCGCACCCCUACAUCGCUGCGCUGUACUGGGGCGACAACUUCUGCGCGGGCAGUCUCAUCGCCCCCUGCUGGGUGCUGACCGCGGCUCACUGCCUGCAGAACCGGCCAGCGCCUGAGGAACUGACAGUGGUACUUGGUCAAGAUCGCCAUAACCAGAGCUGCGAGCGGUGCCAGACUCUGACUGUGCACUCCUACCGCCUGCACGAGGGCUUCUCCUCCGUCACCUACCAGCACGACUUGGCACUGAUUCGCCUGCAGGAGAGGAAAAACAACAGCUGCGCGAUCCUGUCAUCUCAUGUCCAGCCGGUGUGUCUGCCCAGCAGCGCGGCCCCACCCGCUGAGACAGUGCUCUGCGAGGUGGCCGGCUGGGGUCACCAGUUCGAGGGAGCUGAAGAAUACGCCACCUUCCUGCAGGAGGCACAGGUGCCCUUCAUCUCCCUGGAUCGCUGUUCCAACUCUAACGUGCAUGGAGCUGCCAUCUUGCCUGGGAUGCUUUGCGCUGGCUUCUUGGAGGGAGGCACUGACGCCUGCCAGGGUGACUCCGGAGGUCCUCUGGUAUGUGAAGAAGGAGCUGCAGAGCGUCAGCUCACCCUUCGAGGAGUCAUCAGCUGGGGCUCCGGCUGUGGUGACCGUAACAAGCCUGGGGUCUACACUGAUGUGGCCCACUACCUGGCUUGGAUCCAGGAGCAUACUGCUUCAUAA